AUGUUUUAUCCCUAUCUCCAGAAAGGAAAGGAGAAUGUGCCGAUCCAAGCCAAACUCCUCAAAGAGGUGGAGGAUCCAAUUCCUCUCGAGUAUGUCUUGGGUAUGAUGAUGAAUGGCUGUGUUUCGUGUGUGGAAAAGGCCACGAAGGCGCCCGCAGUGUAUGCAUUUGCUAUUCCCUCCUACUCGACAGCCAAUUUCCGAUUUAAUUUCGAAAAGGCGAGAGAGUUGUCGGGUCUUCCACAGUGCUACACGCUCAACUGUGACUUGGCAGCUGCUCUGGACUAUGUGUACUAUCGAAACCUAGCCAAACAAUUCGCGUCCUAUAGCAAACACUCUCCCUUUUAUUUAAUGAUCCUCAACUCUGGGUUUCACGCUACAGAAUAUUCCGACCAUAUCGAUCUGGCUGCCCAUCAAUUCCGCGAAUUCUGUGGUGGAGAUCGUGUAACUAAAGUGAUUUAUAACGUGCUACUCAAGAAAUAUGAAGAGCAUUACGGCUUCUGUCCAAAAACCUCGCAUCGCUUCCACUUCGUACUGUACGAUCAGGCAGAGAAGGCCAAACACGAUCUGAGUUUGAAGGGAUUGGACGAGGCGAGAGUGGAUUUGAGUCAGAAAGAAGACGAGUACUACGUGAUGCUCUCCGAGCGAGAAAUCGCGGAGGAGAUCCGAGCCGAAGGCAUUGCGGAUGAAAUCGCCAGUGAUUUUCUGGAGUGCAUUCGGAAGGCUGGGUGUCCUUCUCCCCUGAAAUGCGAGUUGAUUGGGGGAAACAGCCGCGUUCCGUUGAUCCAGCGAACACUCCAAGCCAAACUGCAAGAGAAGCGCUGGAAGUGCGAUUUCACCACGACGCUGAACUGCGAUGAAAGCAUCGCCAGCGGCUCCGCGUUGUACGCUGCGUAUAAAAUCGAUCCCGGCGCGGUCGGGCAGGCGGCUCUGAUGAACUGCAUCGAGCAACUGAACCACGCGUACGUUCCUCCAGACGGGACCGAUUUCUUCUAUCGACAAUCCGAAGCAGGUACGCGCGAAUCCACGCCUCCAUUAUCAUCAUGUAGAGAUUGA